AUGUUAAACUGCAUAAAUACAAACACGACAUACUCAACAUCAGAAGAAUCCAGUUGCGAAUUUACAAAACAACAUAUAUUUAUCAGUGGGAGUAUAGCAGUCGGGAAAACAACAGUUAUGAAAUGUUUAAACGAAUAUCUACAUGAAAGAGAAGACAUAAUAUUUAUUAAAGAGUAUAUUGAUUACAACGCAGACGGAGAAAAAUAUUUAGAAAAGUUACACAAUGGAGAAAUAUCAAAUUACCAAUUCCAAUUAUACGUAAUCCAAUGUUACGAUAAACAAUUAAAUACUAUAGAUUAUGAAGAAUCUGAUGUCGUUGUAUGGGAAAGACAUCCAAUAGAAGCUUUAGAUAUAUUUUGUAAGGAAGAUACAACUUUAACAGAGAAAGAACGUCUAGAAAUUAUAUUGAGAAUAGAAACUUUGUGUGAUAAAUAUAAAAUACCCCAAUUAAUAGAAAAUAAUAUUAAUUAUAUAAGUAUUGAUACGAAUUCAUUUAGAUCAGAACAAAUCUCUUAUUUUAUAAUAUCAGAAAUAAUUUAUCAGAUGUUAUUAGGAGAAUAUGAAAAUAACGUACUUAUAUUAUUAUUUUGUAGUAAUACAGAUGAACAAUUCAACAGAAUAAUUAAACGGGGGAGAUCAAUAGAAUUAAAGAAGUAUAAAAUAUCAGAAGAUUUACUUAAAAUCAACAACAAUUAUUUCGAAUUCUUCCUAAAGAGAAAAGAUUCACAAUUAAAAUAA